UCCAGCAAAAACUCCCAGGACGUCAAGGUAGUGGGGGUUGGAGGCAGAUUUCACUAGAUAUAAAGCCAAGAUCUCAGGACUUCAACCUGCAAACAUCAUCAGAAUACACCGUCUCAGAUGACCACACUGACAAAAAUGGAUUCUAUAAACAUCUGGUAUGUUAUUUUACAAUUCAAAAGCAUAAUUUAAGUACAUUUUCUUGUAACAUCGACUCCCAUUGAGGAUGGUUCACUCUCAGGAAUAUAUAUAUAUAUAAUGUAUUCAUGAUACAUUAACAGCAUAUCAAAAUGUACAUGAACAGUAUAUCUGUCUAGAUAAGGAAGACAGAGAGAAACCUUGGUCAUGUUGGCUAUAAUACCGUGAUGUUAAAUAAUGUAGAGUGGAUGAAUAUUGUACAUGCAUCAGGACACUUCUCUCUAUAUAAAGGAACAGCCUUGGUAGUGCAAGGGCUGGCCGUCUGUCAGUGUGUGUUGAGGUUGGGGGGUGUUGGUGAGGGUCUGUUAGAUGUGUGUGUGUACGUGUGCUGUCCCUAGGUUGUCGUUGGCCGUGCUUCUGCUGGCGUCCUGUGUCUGUCUAGCAGAUGAGGCUCUGGCUGAGAACAGGAUCAAACAUCACGCUUCAGGGUUGACAUCCUUACGUUCCAGGCGCAUGGUUGGGGGAACACUGGCUCCUCUGGUGCCCUGGCAAGCCAUGGUGUCCCUGGAGGAGCUGAAUGGAAGCUAUGCAGGUGGAGCUCUCAUUGCCCCAAAUUGGGUUCUGACAGCGGGCAGGAACCUGUUUGUUAAGAAGAAUCGCAUGGACACGCAGAGCACAGAGGCAGCAAUCCCUAAGGUGUACCUGGGCAUCACAGGGCGGCCCCAGGCUGACGCCUCGAAAGAGGUUGCUGUGGAGAAGGUGUUCCUACACCCAGGCUUCCAGAACCAGUCUGACUGGGACAACAACCUGGCUCUGAUCCAACUGAAGACACCUGUGGUACUGGGGCCAAAUGUGUACCCCAUUCCCCUGCCAGAGUUGGGUCAGCACUUGGCAGACAGCCAGGGAGAAGUCGGGGUCAUUGCUGGCUGGGGGUGGGGGGCUCUCUUCAGCCCCGCUCAGUCACUGAAACAUCUAGUACUACCAUUAGCCGAUGACAUCUCCUGUAAAACAAAUGAGAACAGUGGGAGGUUGCUGCACAGCAGGCCGACUGUGGAUGAAACAAUGUUCUGCACAGGGCAAAGCAGAUACCAGGAGAAUUUGUGUUACGGAGAUGCAGGGGGAGCACUGGUGGUCAGGGCCCACAGAGACGUGUAUGCAGCUGGGAUACUGUCCUUUGACAAGGCCUGCUCCACUGAGAAGUAUGCCAUCUACAUGAAACUGUCCGCAUACCUUCCAUGGAUCCACAGCGUUCUGAGGGGAGACACCAAGGAGUCCGCCACUCACCGCGCUGCAGUCGUAUCCGAGAUGCACUCCUGGCAACGGUCCUGAGUCUCACGAGACAGCAGUGGAUGGUUAAACUGAUAGCUGAACACUCGCAACACACUUUGCUGGGUUAUUCCAGCACUUAAUUUGAAUAAUUUAGAGUGGUUUAGUGUCUCUGAUUGUUGCCAUUCACAGUUUUGUAAACAAAUCUGUUUAUAGAAACUCUAUAAAAACGCUUUUUGGGAUAGUGUCAAACAUUAUCCUUGAAACUAUUGGUGUACCAAAUAAGCUAUAACUAAUAUAAGAUCAUGCCAGUAAACAUUUUGUUAUUCAAAAGUAUAAAAAUACCUUUUUGAAAACUGUUGCUUCUUCCUGGACAGCAUACCUAAUAGAACUUCUCUUUGAAAGCUAUUAAAGCUCAAGUCAACAUAAAAGUGGCAGUCGGCUGAAAGUGUUUCUCUCUUGAAGAGCAGAGUUCAUUCAUGCGUAAUCUGAGUAUGUAUAACUAUGCAAUAUAAUGUAUCCAUCUCAGUGCACAAACUGCCAGCAACAAUCCUUUCAGUUCCUUAUCUUCAUUGACAAAUUGUUAAGUGUAUGCAGGUGUGUAGGCCACACCCAUUACUUGCCAAAACCUGUUUGUUGUUGAUAAUGAGUGGUUAAUUACUGGGAGAAAUAAGGACAUGCAGAAUGUUUUGUAUAGACAUCAGCUAUUUUAGGCAUGGUUGAUCCUAAAAACAUUGCUAUUCCAUCCAAUUUGAAAUGUAAACAUGAACCGACAGUAGCUGUUUGUUUUUUUUGCCUCUUAGAGUGCAUGAAGUGGUGACCAACUUUGUCACACCUGCCAUGAUAGCAUUGGCGUAACAUAUCACCACAGCAAGUGGAACAGCACACAUGGAGGAAGGGUUUCUAAGUUGGUCUGAAUAUUGAAUGAGAGAAAGAUAGAGAGAGUGCUACUGGAAAGAGGGAGGCAUAAACAUAAAUGUUGUGAAGUAGAAACGGGU